AUGUUGAAGCGCGCUUCAGUAGACGCCGGUGGGGUCAAGGACGAACAUGUUGAUUUUUCAAAAUUCUUUUUGAUUUUUCAGCGAGGAAACUUCCGCAAAAACUUCGCUUCAGUAAACACCGGUCGGAUCCAGAACGAACAUUUUGCCAAUUGUUUGAGAACUGAGAGGAAUAAAUCUCAAUCGUUCUUCUUCAGUAGAUUCCGGUGGGGUCCAAAACCUUGGUGUUCAUGA